GUGACGUAAUAGAGAGGUGUGGCGGAGCGAAACAACAAGCGAGGGUGUUCAUACAAACCCAGGGAAACAAGCUAGUAUCUUCAUGGAGCAGCAGGGGCAGAAAACAGUGAGCGCAGAAAAGAAGACUUCGCAGGAGGAUGAGGAUAGUCGUUUCGAUAUGGAACCAAGUACGCAAGCCCUGGCGAACCAGGUGACACCGAAAGUUACUGGCAAAGAACUAGAGUUUCUGGCAAUUGAGCUCGGUCUGGAGAAGUGUGAAUUCGGGAUAAUAGAGAGUAACCAUCCCCUAGAUGUGAAGAGGCAAACCCUUGAAGUUCUUAGUGAGUGGAAAAAGAAAGAUGAAAACUACACGUGGAGGUUUCUGAUAAAGGCUCUAAAAGCUCCUGCUGUCAACCUCGGUGGUGUAGCCAAGGAUGUGAAGCAGUGGGUGAUAGACAAUAUUCCAAAGCCACUUCGCUAAAUUAAUUAACGAGCACAGUGAAGUUUGCCUUUUUUAUUUUUUUGAUGGAGUGGGGUAGCAUAUUUUUGGACUUGAUUUUUUAAAAUCUAGUUUUGUAGGUGCUCAUGUAAUACGUUACAUACUGGGCUCACCACUCUUUGUGUCAAACGGC